AUGCUGAAAUAUCUUGUUAUAAGUUUGCUGGAUAGACUAUGGCCUGCAUUCAAUUUCCUGACUUUUCAUGUUUUUGAGAGAGAUCCCACUCUCGACCCAUCGCCUCCUCCUCCAGAUAACUCCAUUUUGAUUGUGGUCACCCAUGACAUCAUAUCUUAUUGUCACGGACCGAAACCUAUCAUUGAGUAUAGAAGAUUUCAAAACGGAUGUAUAAAGACUGUCAAUCUAUGGUUCAAAAAUGAACAAAGAUGGAUGGAAAAUGUGGAUUUCGUCACGGUGUUUUGUGAGGAUUUCUGGAAGUUUGCGGAUCAGGAAGAAGUAUUGGAUAACUUGAAUCUGAAAUUCUCAGGAGACUAUGAGAUGGAACGGUUUUCUGCCAAAUUCCUGGAAAAGUUCCGUCACAUUUUGGUAUCUAGACCCCCUCUGAAGACCCGCCGAGUCCGAUUGGAAGUGUUCAAUGAAGAGAAUCUUAUGUCAAUUCUGCCGUAUUUGGAUUCAGAAGCUCUCGAGACAAUCUUCAUAAUCGAUGCGUUGCGGAGAAUGAAAAAAUUGGAAAUUGAUAAGCUGGUGGUAUUGGAUCAAUGGAAGAAAGCAGAGGAAUUGGAGAUACAGUCAUUUUCUGUGGAUUCUGGAGAGGAUAUGAAUAAUUUUAGACAUUUUAAGAAGGUUUUAGUGGAUUUUAAGAGUGUUUGA